AUAUAUAUAUAUACACACACACACACACACACGCUCACACUUAUAUUUUUAGUUAGUUCAGAGACUCGAGCCCCGUGGCUGCAAAAUUUAUCGUUAAAUGAAUCUCAGGCCAAGGAAUAAACAGCCAUUCUCCGGCUUCACUAAAGCCGAGAUUGAGAAGAUGGAGCAUUUACUUAAAGAGUACAAUGAACAAUCGCUGGAUGAGGAGUUCUAUAAGAAACUUGCAAGAGAUUUUAGCCGUUCGAGUGGUCGUGCAGGAAAACCUGCAGUGAAAUGGACUGAGGUUCAAAUAUGGUUUCAAAAGAGGCAACAAAACUGCCUCUCUAAAGAGACUUCAUGCGAUGCACCCAAUAAUCCACCUGCUGUGUCAGAUGCUUGCAUUUCUAAUAAAGUUAGUGGAAAUUUUCAGGCUCCCAAAGUGACCAGAGUGUUGCUGAAUUCUAGGCCACAGCACAGAGUUGAUGUUGGUGAUAUGGUGGUUGGAAUUUGUUCAAAGAAAAAUUCCCAAAAUCAUUGUGCUCAGGAAAGGAAAAUUGUUUUUGACAUUGGUUCAGGUGAAAAAGUUCAAGAUAUAUCCAAGAUGAAGUUUGAAGCUAGGUCGUCAAUUGAUGGGGCAUGGUACGAUGUUGAACAAUUUCUCUUGCACAGAUGCAGAUCAGGAGAAACUCAAGUUUGCGUAAGAUAUGUUGGGUUUGGACGAGAGGACGAUGAGUGGGUAAACGUAAAAAAUGAUGUGCGUGAACGCUCAAUUCCUCUGGAGCAUUCAGAAUGCAAGAAAGUCGAGGUUGGAGAUCUAGUAGUGUGCUUCCAGGAGAGUCAAGAUCAAGCAAGAUACUAUGAUGCUCAUGUUAUCGAGAUUGAAAGGAGAUUGCAUGAUAUAAGAGGUUGCAGAUGCAUAUUCUUGAUCCGUUAUGAUCAUGAUAAUAAAGAGGAAAGAGUAUGUCUGAAGAGAUUGUGUUGCCGGCCCGACAAACUAGCGCAACCAGAGAUAAAUUAGCUGGGGAAAGUGGUCACUACUGACACUUAUCGGUUUCUGAAGGAUUCUUAGCACAAAUUUUGUUGCGUAGACCUUGGUUGCUGUUGUCAUUAUCGAGAAAAUUUUUGCUGCCUAGUGAUCUACGCCCGAUUUUUAUUAAUAUUGCAAUUUGAUAUCAAAUGUAAAUCUAUUGAGUAUACAAUCUGUGAUGAGAAUCGUUCUUCGAAAAAUCAAUAAGUAAAUAGUGUGGAAUGAGAGAAAAAUAAAUAAAUAAA